AUGCUGCUACGUGGCACGAUCUCCGCCCCUCUCCCUUCCCUCCGCCGCCACACAGCCACCGCCGCCGCUCCCCCUCAAAACGUCGCCAUCUCCCGCCACUCCCUGAUCACAUCCAAUUACAAAUACUCCAUCACCGACGAGGACCUCGAUUCCCGCGGCUUCCUCCUCCACCGCACCGCCGCCGACCUCAACCUCGACCACCUCAACAAGGUCUUCGUCGCCGUCGGGUUCCCCAAGCGCGACCCGGCCAAGAUCCGCGUCGCGCUCGACCACACCGACGCCCUGCUCUGGCUCGAGUACGCCAAGACCAGCCGCCCCGUCGCCUUCGCACGCGCCACCGGCGACGGCGUCUUCAACGCCAUCAUCUGGGACGUCGUCGUCGACCCCUCCUACCAGGGCCUCGGCCUCGGCCGCGCCGUCAUGGAGCGCCUCAUCGACGAGCUCGUCGGGAAGGGCAUCGGGAAUAUCGCUUUGUAUUCGGAGCCCCGGGUUCUCGGGUUUUAUCGCCCCUUGGGCUUUGUCGCCGACCCGGAUGGGAUCCGGGGCAUGGUGUAUUCCAGAAAGCCCAAGAAGCAAAAGUGAUGAACUAAUUGCAGA